UAGCGCAACGGAUCAUCGGAAGAAUGGCGAGCGGAGCAGCUGGACGCGCCACGCUGGGUCUAACGAAGCCCGCUGCAAUCGAAAUCCCUCAGGUCUCAUUCUCUGCAAAGGAGAUUGAUUUUGCAGAAUGGAAAGGUGACUUGCUUGCAAUUGCUGUAUCUGAGAGUGAUAUGUCGAAGGAUGAAGACUUGAAGUUCUUGAAUUCAAUUUUGAAAAGGCUGGAUGGGCAACUAAAUGGUCUUCUGAGUGAUGCUUCUAUUGAGGAGGAUUUCAAGGGAAAAAAUGGGCAGUCUAUGGUUCUCAGGUUUCCUGGAUUUGGUUUCAGAAGGCUUGGUCUUUUUGGUCUGAGCCAAAGUGCUACUUCUGUGGCAGCUACUCAUCGAGACAUUGGCGAGGCCAUUGCAGCAGUUGCAAAGGCUGCCCAAGCAAGUAGUGCUGCUAUAGUUCUUGCAUCUACAAAUGGAGUUUCAGAAGAAUUUAAGUUAACUGCUGCUUCAGCAAUUUCAAUAGGAAUUGUGCUGGGACUGCAUGAAGACAACAGAUACAAGUCAGAGUCAAAAAAACCUUACUUGAAAUCAGUGGAUAUUAUUGGAUUGGGUUUUGGACCAGAACUUGAUAAUAAGCUCAAGUAUUCAAAUGCUGUUAGCUCAGGAAUCAUCUUUGCAAGAGAGCUUGUGAAUUCUCCUGCUAAUGUUCUGACACCAGCCGUGCUGGCAGAAGAAGCUUCAAAAGUUGCUUCCGUGUACAAUGAUGUCUUUACAGCAAAAGUAUUAGAUGCAGAACAAUGCACGGAAUUGAAGAUGGGUUCAUAUCUGGGUGUUGCUGCAGCCUCUUCCAAUCCCCCCCAUUUCAUCCAUUUAUGUUAUAAACCUCCAAGUGGUGAUGUGAAAACCAAGUUAGCCAUAGUUGGAAAAGGAUUAACGUUUGACAGCGGUGGUUACAACAUAAAGACAGGGCCAGGUUGCUUGAUAGAUAAAAUGAAAUUUGACAUGGGAGGUUCUGCCGCUGCUUUUGGUGCGGCAAAAGUUAUUGGUCAAAUCAAACCUCCAGGAGUUGAGGUUCAUUUUAUUGUUGCUGCCUGUGAAAAUAUGAUCAGUGGCACAGGCAUGAGACCAGGAGAUAUUUUGACGGCGUCCAAUGGCAAGACAAUUGAGGUUACCAAUACUGAUGCUGAAGGAAGGCUAACCCUUGCGGACGCUUUGGUAUAUGCUUGUGAUCAGGGUGUUGAGAAGAUUGUUGAUUUGGCAACCCUAACUGGGGCUUGCAUUGUUGCCCUUGGAUCCAGCAUUGCAGGAAUCUUCACUCCCAGCGAUGAACUAGCCAAAGAAAUCACUGCUGCUGCUCUGUUAACCGGUGAGAAAUUCUGGAGGUUGCCUUUGGAGGACAGUUAUUGGGAGUCGAUGAAGUCGAGUGCUGCCGAUAUGGUUAAUUCUGGAGGCCGCCAAGGGGGUGCAAUUUUGGCUGCACUUUUCCUCAAGCAGUUUGUAAAUGAGAAGGUCCAGUGGAUGCAUAUAGAUGUAGCAGGUCCAGUUUGGAAUGACAAGAAGAGCACUGCCACAGGGUUUGGUGUAUCCACUUUGGUUGAGUGGGUUCUGAAGAAUUCUUCUUAAAUGAAUGCUUAGACACCGCAGCUCAGUAAAACUUCUUUUUCAGGUUCAGCUC